AUGAAAAAUAAUUUGGAAAACAAGUCCGAAAAGUACCAGAAAUUGCUCCUGUCAGCGUCUAUAAAGAGAGAAGCAAAAAAAAAUGAAGAAAAUAAAAAUGCGAAAAAGAAUCCCUAUGGAAACAAUGAUAAUAAUAAUUUUAUCAUAUACAUGGAAUUUAAAUUCGAGAAUUUAAUCCUUUGUAGGUAUCUGUUUGAGAUCAGGGAUGAGCUGGGGAUGCCAAUUCGGAGUAGCGUUCAAAUAACGAGGUUCAUCAUCAUGCGGAGCGAAAACCAUAUCAUGGGUACGUGUGUAUCCAACAGAAUCAUCCUCUGUUACAGGAACGACAAAGAAACAAAGAUAAUAUUGCAAAGACUCAAGGAGGAGUUAAAAACAAAGUAUUCCAUAUGUCUAAUGGAUGAAAGGAAUGAGGAGAGUAAGGGAUAUGAUAUAGACAAGUGUCUCCUUUCAUACAUUAUCCAAUUUACUUUAGUAUGUAAGUACGUAGAAUGUGGCAAGUGGGUUCAUAUAUGGGAUAAUAUGGAUACUAUCAUUGAAUCAAAAUUUUGUGGAAAUAAUUCUAGUAAAUACUUUAACUGCAUAGGCUUUAAGUUCCAUAUAUUAAAUACUAAUUAUAGGGUGGUAGCUAGACAAAAAAAAAAUUGCACACAUUUUGUUCAGAUGCACUUAAAGGUUAUGUUAAAUAUGUAUAAGGUUCUUCCCUUGCUGGAAGAACAAAUUUGUGAAAAUAUGUAUGUGUAUUGUCUACCGCGUUGUUCCAUGAGGGGUACCAUUUUAGGUGUUCUGGACGCUGCGGAUACAAAAGGGGAGGAACCGAAUUUCAAUUACAAGGAUUACUGGCUCAACGUACACGGUUAUGUGUUAAACGAAAAUGCUGUAAACAAAAUAAUAAAGGUGAAGCUAUACAAAGGAGUAUUUAAUUACCCCCAAGGAGCUCUCCUAAGAGAAAAUAUAUACAAAUUAAAUGUAGCAGUAAAGAAUAAUAAUACUUUUUUUUACGUUUGCCAUUUUAUAAAAACUUUUGAACUGUUAAAAGGGGAACGGAUAAAAUUGCUGAGGUUUUCCGAAUGGGAUGAAGGAGGAGAAAAUAUAUUCGGCGAUCUUUUCGUAGCGAAAAAUAUUAUUUCCGUAAAAAAAGAACAAGGGGAUGAUCAGGAUGAUUCGGAAUUUUACACAAAAUUGAAUCUAAUUUGUAAACAUGAAUUUGAAGAGAACAAUUUUUCUGAAUCAAUUUAUCAAUCAAAUAAACUACAAAAAACAUAUGACAAUUCGUACCACCUGUAUGGGAAUACUUUAACUACCUCGGGCAUAUCAAUAAAUUUGGAUUUUUCCAAAAAUAAGAAAAGUCACACGGGUGGCGAAGGGGGGGAGUCGUCCAAAAGGAACUUGGGAACCAUUCUGAAGGAAUCUGCAAUGACCUACUAUGGCAGACAAGUAGAUCUACAAAGGAAACCCAUUGAACAUGAAGCACGACAGGAAGGCGAUUACUGCGCAAGGAAUGUUAACCCUGACUAUGCACAUGACCUGGUUGACAGAAUGAAAGAUGAAGGAACCACCGUAGUGCAAACCAUGAAUUACCAGAACAAGCACGCACAGAAGAAAAAGGCACAAGCUGCCGAAUCCUACACAGUGAGGAAUCCAAACAGAAAGGACCAAUUGGACAAAUACCUGCACAACGUUGCAAAGAGUUACAACUCCGUGGAGGAAAAAAAACUUCAUCAUAUGGCUGAGGUUAGAAUGUUCGAAAACGUAAACCCGCAAAUCAUAUUUUCCAAAGAUUUUGAGAACUUCCUAGACAAUCUGGACGAGGCUGCACUGUACCAGCAGGAGCCUCUACUACCCCCAAUAAAUUUUGACCAUCGGGAAAAGAAACGACCCAAUUUUCCCAUAACCAGUUCGCCACUUGGCCAAAGGGAAGACCACUCAGAGGUUAUGAAGACACGCAAAAUGAUGUAG